AUGGGAUGUGGGAUGAGACCAAAACACCCCCAACCGAAUCCCAAGGCUCCUUUCCCAGACCCUGGUACCACAAAUUUCCGCUUGGCAACCCGGGUAAAGGGGGAUCCAUGGGCAUUCUCGCCAGCUCAAUCUGAGGCAGAGUUGCUUGAGCGCAUUGUGCACGCCCAGGACCCUGAGACCUCAGAGGCAGAACACACCAGCCUCUUAGACCAGGCGACACUAGACUUAAGACCUCCACGUACAAUGAAGAAACUUCAUCUGACGUUUUUAGGAUUUUCAACUUUUUUAGUUGUACUGUACAUCGCCGUGCAUCGUAACUAUGGAAACCACAGUAUGAGUAUGAGCGAAUUAAUAUCUAAUUACGAUCUCCAACAGAGGGAAGAUCCUGAUCCGGGUACAUUGGCGGAUAAAUCAGUCCACGUGUUGGUGAACGGCAGGAUGCGGACUGGCUCUUCUUUGAUUGGUCGAUAUUUUUCACACCAUCCCGAUUUCAUGUAUCUGUAUGAACCCGAGCAAAGCUUGAGGCUACCAUUUGACCGUUUAAAUGACAGUGCCGAACACGUGGAAAAACUUCAGUUGCCGUUCUACGAUCUCCUUGAAUGUUUUUUUGAAUGCAACUUCACACGUUCUCCGGAUUUAAUUCGGUUUAUUCGCAGAGUCAAGUGGAUGGCUUUCCUUAGCGAGUUUGAACACGCAUCCGCAAAGGGAAUGACAUUUGAAAUUCUAACGAAAAUGUGCAGAGCCAAACGACAUAAGGUAGUCAAAACAGUGCGAGUCAAUGACAUAACGAACGGCCUGCGUACAUUGAAAAAAUACGAUGUCAAAGUCAUACAAAUUGUACGUGAUCCACGUGGAAUGAUAAACUCAAAAGGGUUACGCAACAGAACUGAUGUAAUAACAAGGGUCUACUGUGAUUGGCUGAAAACAAAUAUGGAUGCUGCUACCAAAGGCCCGGACUGGUUCCGGAGCAAUUAUUUUAUAGUCAGAUACGAGGACUUGUCAGAAAGACCGCGCGAGGUGGUGCCCCAACUCUAUAAUUUUAUUGGUAUCCCGUUGAACGACAAUAUAAGCGGCAUUUUAUUGAGCAGCCAGAAGGCAUUACCGGGUAAUUCUGUUAAGUGGCGUUAUACUUUACCAUUCAAUACAACUCAGAUCGUACAAGACAACUGUCCCAAUGACGUGUUCGAAAGACUGGGUUAUAUUCAAAUUUACGAAGAAGAAGUUCAACAUGACGAAUCCGUUCAACUCGUUUUAAGGAUGCCACUCAUUGACGGAUUGAAUUCCUUCAACGGUUGA